AUGGCCUUUCUCUUUGGAGGCAGAGGGCGACAAAAGCAACCCGCCGAGAUUGCGAGGUCCUUGAAAGACCUCCUGGUCAAACUCCACGACCCCAAUCCGAGUCCAAAGGUGGAAGAAGAUGUCGCGAAACAUAUGUCGCAGAUGAAAUUGAUUGUUCAAGGCACUCCCGAAGUCGACUGCAGCCCCGAACAAGUCCACCAACUUGUGCACUGUAUCAUCCAAGAAGACAUCCUCUUCGAAUUGGCAAAGUCCAUUCGUCUGCUCCCUUUUGAAGCCCGGAAAGAUGCACAGAUCAUCUUUUCCCAUAUACUCCGCUACAAAGCAUCCCCGAACAACUCCUCGUCACAGCCCGGUUCGUCGUCGUCGGAGCCUUCAGCCAUUUCCUAUCUUGUCCUCCAACGGCCCGAAAUCAUUGUCGAAUUAUGUCGCGGGUACGACUACGCACAAUCCGCAAUGCCGUGCGGGACAAUCUUGCGACAGGCGUUGGCAUAUGACACGAUCGCCGCUGUGAUAUUAUAUGACGAAUCUCAACCGGGUGAACAGGCUGUGCGUCUGAAAGAUUUGGACGUCAGCCGCAAACAAACAGGCAAGGGUGUCUUCUGGAAGUUUUUUGAAUGGAUCAAUAAAAGCAGCUUCGAGGUGUCUGCCGAUGCAUUUACAACCUUUAGGGAAAUCCUCACCAAACACAAACAACUCGUCUCCCAGUACCUGGUGACAAAUUAUACCCUCUUCUUCACGCAGUCCUACAACCCCAUCCUCCUUUUGUCGCCUUCGUACGUCACAAAACGUCAAUCCAUCAAACUGCUGGGAGAACUGCUCCUCGACCGCAGCAACUACAUCAUCAUGACCCAAUACGUCUCCAGCGCCGACCACUUGAAGUUAACCAUGACUUUACUCAAGGACGACAGAAAGAUGGUCCAAUACGAGGCCUUCCACGUGUUCAAGGUCUUCGUGGCGAACCCUAACAAGAGCGACGAGGUGAGAAGGAUCCUGGUCAAGAACCGCGGGCGGUUGUUGAGGUUCCUGCCCACGUUCCUGGAAGGAAGGACAGACGACGACCAGUUCCUGGACGAGAAGAGCUUUUUGCUCAGGCAGGUCGAGAUGUUGCCCGACGAGGAGUCUCUGGAGAGGGAGAGACGGAGCAGUCAGGCUGGGGAGGGCAGUGGACAGGUCAGCGUUGGGGCGUGA